AUGCCUCCCAAGUUAGAUCCCAAUGAGGUGAAGAUCAUCCACCUUCGCGCCACUGGCGGUGAGGUCGGAUCUUCUGCCACGCUCGCUCCCAAGAUCGGCCCCCUCGGUCUUUCGCCCAAGAAGGUCGGAGAAGACAUUGCAAAGGCAACUGGUGACUGGAAAGGUCUCCGUGUCACCGUCAAGCUGACCAUCCAAAACCGACAAGCUGCCGUCAGCGUCGUCCCCUCAGCGUCAUCACUCGUCAUCAGAGCUCUGAAAGAGCCCCCGCGAGACCGCAAGAAGGAGAAGAACAUCAAACACUCCAAGUCGAUCCCUCUUGAAGAGGUCUUCGAUAUUGCCCGGACCAUGCGUGGUGCGAACAAGUCGCUCGCUCGCGAAUUGAAGGGCACAAUCUUGGAAAUUCUCGGCACUUGCUUCAGUGUGGGUUGCCAGGUCGACGGGAGAAGUCCCAAGGACAUCAGUGAUGAGAUCAAGGAAGGGUCGAUCGAGGUGCCCGAUGAAUAG